AUGGUUGGUGGGGUCGUCUCUAUUUUGCCUCUCCGGCGAGUAAAGACCGCGGCAACCGUGGGUGGUCAUCUUCCUUUCUCUGGUUCGGAACCUUUCUCGGUGUUAAACCGAAGACCUCUCAAACUUACUAUCAUCUCCUCUAUAAAGUGCUUUGCAUUGAAUUUCUCACCGGAAAACAUGGAGAAGACGAUUUUCAAGCUAUGCUCUACCGUCGGCCCUCUCUUCACCGUCGAACAUAUUCCAGCACGGCGGAACCAUGAAUCAAGUGGAUCUAGAAACUUCUCGGGUACUUCCCGCAGAACCAUCUUCUCCGGUGUGAUUUCAAUCUACGCCGGCAACAGUUUAUGCCCACCGGAGCUUAUGCUAUCAUCGGGAAUCCUUUGCACACAUUCUUCAAAUCUGAGAAAACUCCUCGUCGUAACGAGGUUUGACCUGGCUCCGACGCCUCUAUCAUCCUCGUCGUCCAUCCGGACUUCUCAUCCACCACCUUCAAUCCCUGCGACACCGCUGGAGAAGCUGCCUCCCUUCUUCGGCCAAGUCCGAUGCAACUCUAUGCGCUACUCAAACAAUUUUGGGCCUGGCUCGACAAUACUCUUGGUCCCAAACAAUAUAUGGCCCAUCUCUCAUCCUCCAACCAGCCCACAAGAUCCGAUGCCACCAAAUACAUAA